CCAGCAAUGAAAAUCAGACAUAAGCUUGUCUGUGGAGUGUGUAUAUAAGGCUACCUCACACACAGAAGAACCAGAAGACUGAAUCUGGUGGAUAACCACAAACAGAACUUUAAUUACCCUUGCUUGUUUGACUCAGAACAGAAUGGGAUCCUCUAAGGUGGCCCUGCUGCUGGUCUUGCUGUCCUGUGUAGAGCUCAGUCUGUCUGCUUCCUGUGUGGUUGACAGCUUCACAGUCAAACAGGACUUUGACCCUAAGAGGUAUGCAGGAAAGUGGUACGCACUGCAGAAGAAAGAUCCAGAGGGCCUGUUCCUGCAGGACAACAUCUCCGCUGAGUACACCAUCGAUGAUGACGGCUCCAUGACUGCCUCCUCCAAGGGACGUGUCACUCUGUUUGGUUUCUGGGUUGUCUGCGCCGACAUGGCUGCACAGUACUCUGUCCCUGACCCUACCAACCCCGGCAAGAUGUUCAUGAACUACCAGGGACUAGCCAGCUACCUGUCCAGCGGAGGUGACAACUACUGGGUGAUCGACACCGACUACGACAACUACGCCAUCACCUACGCCUGCCGCACCCUGAAGGAAGAUGGUAGCUGCGAGGAUGGCUAUGCCCUCAUCUUCUCCAGGAACCCCCGUGGCCUGCCCCCGGCCAUCCAGCGCGUCGUCCGUCAGAAACAGGAUGACAUCUGCAUGGCCGGAGAGUUCCAGCCUGUCCUGCAGUCUGGAGCCUGCUAAAGAGAGAGAGGAGAGAAUGAGAGUGUGAGGCUGAGAGAGAAAGAGGGGGAGAGAAAGAGUUCGAGAGUGAUAAUGUAAAUGGACAGAUGCAAUAAUGUUUUGGAAAAGUGAGAGGUGGAAAAAAAUUAAGUGAAUACAGUGAAUAACCUUGUCAAGGAUUUCCAUUAGGUUUAUUUUCUAAAUGGAUUUCCUCCUCCUACUCUGUGUUCAUCCAUUGUUUAUCCAAGGAGAAUGUGCUGCUGCUGUGGUGAAUCGUGUGAACUUGAAAGAUAAAAAAUAAAAAAUAUUUUUCUAAACAAUA